AUGAGGCCUCUGGUGCCGGCCAUUCGGCUGGUUUGUCUUCCUCUGCGGACAGCAGUGCGGCCGCGUCGGCUGUUCCGGGGUCCUGAGGGCUCGAGGGCGUGGACGAGCAAGACGGGAUCGCACAAAGAGCAAUUCCGGACUUCAUCUGGAUCUGGCCCACGACGGACACGCGUGACGCUCCUGGCAGCAGUCCACGGCGCGGCUGCUCUGGGGACGUCUGCGUUUGUGGAGCUGAGCGAGACGGACAACAGCGGGACGGCACACACGGUGGAGACGCGGAUGCUGGAGGUGUCGCGCGCAGAGAUUGCCAAGACGGUCAGCGCGGACGCGUGGGGGCCGCUGCGGCUGUGGCGACAGGUGGUGCUGUUGGUGGAUCUUUACGUGUGGGAGCCUCUGUGCACAGGACUGCGGCUGGUGCAGCUCAGCUGCAUCUUCGUGCCGGUGCUGGCGAUGGCGCCGUGCAUCUGGAUGGGACGACGUCGACGGGACCGUGACAAUGAGCGGGUGGGCGCUCUGCUGUGGUACCGCGUCCUGGUCAAGGCCAUGGAGCUGGCUGGGCCAACGUUUAUCAAGCUGGGCCAGUGGGCGGCGUCACGAUCAGACAUCUUCCCGACCGAGAUGUGUGCGGUCAUGUCGAAGCUGCACUCGGAUGCACCGGCACACUCGAUCCGCCAGACGCGGCUGACGGUCGAGACGGCCUUUGGCGGCCGCAUGGACGAGAUCUUUGACGAGUUUGACGUCGAGCCGCUGGGCGUUGGUGCCAUCGCUCAGGUCUACAAGGCACGGCUGCGACCAGCAGGUCCGAACACGCGGGCGAACCGGGAUAGCGAAGAGGAAGAGGCCAGCCACAACCACAGCGACAAAUACGGACUGGAGAAUGUGCGACGCCGCGUGGAGCCGCUGAUCAAGAGCACGCCGCAGCGCGUACCGUCUUCCUAUGUGGCCGUCAAGGUGUUGCAUCCCGGCGUCGAGCGGACGGUGCGGCGCGAUCUGCGGAUCAUGGGCUUCUUCGCGGCCGUGCUCAACGCGGUCCCGACAAUGGAGUGGCUCUCGCUGCCGGACGAGGUGGCGCAGUUUGGCGAGAUGAUGCGGCUGCAGCUUGACCUGCGAAUCGAGGCGGCCAACCUGACCAUCUUUCGGCGCCACUUCCGCGACCGCACGACAGCCUCGUUUCCGUUUCCUCACCCCGAGUUCACCACACGCAACGUGCUGGUCGAGGAGUUCGCUCAGGGAUUACCGCUGUCGGCCUUUAUCGACAACGGUGGCGGCGUGUUCCAGCACGAGAUCGCGUCCGAGGGCCUCGACGCCUUUUUCCGCAUGCUGCUGCUCGACAACUUUGUGCACGCCGAUCUGCAUCCGGGCAACAUCAUGGUGCGGUUCUACCAGGCAGCUCGGCCGGACCUCUCGCUGUCGGGCAGGGCUGAGAGCCAGAAAAGCCCGAAGCCACAGGAGCAGCCCGACGUGACCGAGCAGGUGCUCGCCCGACUGCGGCCGCACUUCCACGACAAGGUGGCCUGGCAGGCCGAGCUGGCCCGCAUCGAUCACGAGGGCUUCCGGCCGCAGCUCAUCUUCAUCGACACCGGGUUGGCGACGCAGCUGAAUGAAACGAACCGGCGCAACUUUCUGGACCUGUUCCGGGCCGUGGCCGAGUUCGACGGAUAUCGCGCCGGACAGCUGAUGUGCGAGCGGUGCCGGCAGCCCGAAGCAGUCCUGGACGAGGACGUGUUCGCGCUCAAAAUGCAGCACCUGGUGCUCUCGGUCAAGAGCCGGACCCUGGCCCUUGGAAACGUUCGCAUCGGCGACAUCCUGCAGCAGGUUCUCGGCAUGGUGCGUGGCCACCAUGUCCGCAUGGAGGGCGACUUUGUCAACAUCGUGCUCAGCAUUCUGCUGCUCGAGGGCAUCGGCCGCAGCCUCGACCCGGACAUUGACCUGCUCAGCGCGUCACUGCCGAUCUUGCGCCAGCUCAGCGCCCAGAGCGGUGCCGACUUUGUCAAGGCCGGCGACUUCUCCAUGCUGCGCAUCUGGGUCGGCCUGGAGACCCGCCGCUUCCUGCAGGCGAGCAUUGAGGAUGUCGAGCGAUGUGUCCGAUACGAUCUCCUCUCGCCGAAUGUGUAG